UUAGGAAAAGUGGCAUAAUUUCACUUACCGACCUUCAUCACAUGAGUAGUUUUUCUAAUUUACAGAAGAGAUAGAUACGAUAAAAUGCCUCUUGCAACGUCCAUCUUCAGCACAGCACAUAUCCAAAGAGAGUUGCAGCUUUAAAUUCUAUUCAACGCAACGUCUGUUUCCCUCACAUCGCACUACACUAGUACUACUAUAACACUACUACUCACGGAGAAACAUCUCCCAGAACAUACCAAGAAAAUUAUAAACCAUGGUCAUGGCGGAGCACAGCCGAAGCGGCGGCGCUGCUCCAAGCCUCGGCCUUGAAGUGCUGACCAGCCGGUGGUUCAUGGUCUUCGCUUGCCUCCUAAUCAUGUCAAUGUCCGGCGCCACCUACAUCUUCGGCAUCUACUCCAACGACAUCAAGACUUCUCUCGGCUACGACCAGACAACCUUAAACCUGAUUGGGUUCUUCAAGGACCUCGGCGGCAACAUUGGAGUCAUGUCGGGCGUCAUCAACGAAGUCACGCCGCCCUGGGUGGUGCUCGCCAUCGGCGUCGCCAUGAACUUCUCCGGCUACUUCAUGAUAUGGCUUGCUGUCACCGGACGCAUAGCUAAACCCCGUGUGUGGGAGAUGUGUUUGUACAUAUGUAUUGGCGCAAACUCUCAGACAUUCUCAAACACUGGUGCGUUGGUUACUUGUGUUAAGAAUUUCCCGGAGAGUAGAGGGAUUGUCAUCGGUCUGCUUAAGGGGUUUACCGGCUUGAGCGGCGCGAUUAUCACGCAGCUCUUUCAUGCCUUUUAUGGGCAUAAUUCCAAGGCUUUGAUUUUGCUCAUCAGUUGGCUUCCGGCUGCCGUGUCGUGCGUCUUUCUGAGAACGGUUCGGCUGAUGAAAGUUGUUCGGCAAGAAAAUGAACUUCAAAUCUUCUACGAUCUUCUCUACGCAUCUCUUGGUCUGGCGGGUUUCCUCAUGAUCCUAAUUAUCUUGCAAAAUGAGCUUGUUUUUAGUAGAGCAGAGUACGCAGGGAGCGCCAGUGUUGUCCUCAUUCUGCUCUUUGCCCCACUGGCUAUUGUUUUUAGAGAAGAGCUCAAGAUUUGGAAGAGCAAGCAAGUAGCAGGAAAUGAAUCAAAUGAUCCCUCUCCCUUGAAAGUAACCACUGAAAAUCCGCCGCAGCAAAUGGUGGCUCAGCCGCCAAAAGAUCAAGAAACGUCCGUCCCAUGGUGGAGGGAUGUGUUCAAACCGCCGGAAAGAGGCCAGGACUACAACAUAUUGCAGGCCCUUUUCAGCAUUGACAUGAUCAUAUUGUUCACUGCCAUAACAUUCGGCGUUGGGGGAACUUUAACUGCUAUCGACAAUUUAGGCCAAAUCGGCAAGGCCUUAGGCUAUCCAUCGAAAAGCAUCACCACAUUUGUGUCUCUUGUGAGCAUAUGGAACUAUCUCGGCAGAGUGGCCGCAGGCUUUGCUUCCGAAAUUUUCUUGGCAAAGUAUAAAUUCCCCCGUCCUCUCAUGCUCACUUUGGUGCUUCUUGUCUCAUGCACCGGUCAUCUUCUGAUUGCAUUUGGCGUCCCAAAUUCUCUGUAUGCUGCUUCGGUUAUUAUGGGAUUCUGCUUCGGAGCUCAAUGGCCGUUAAUUUUCGCAAUCAUUUCAGAAUUAUUUGGUCUAAAGUACUACUCCACACUAUACACUUUAGGCGGAGGAGCCAGUCCACUUGGAGCUUACAUUCUCAAUGUCAGAAUAACAGGGCAUUUAUAUGACAGAGAGGCCAUGAAGCAAUUGGCUGCGAAAGGCCUCGUUCGCAAAGAAGGAGAAGACCUGUCGUGCGUUGGUGCGCAGUGCUACAAGCUGGCAUUUCUGAUAAUCACGGCAACCACGCUGGUCGGAUUCUUUGUCUCUUCCAUCUUGGUAAUCAGAACAAGGAAGUUCUAUAAGGGGGAUAUAUACAAGAAGUUCAGAGAGCAAAAUACUUCAGCAAGGUGAAAAACCGGAGUGACAGGGUCCUUUGUUUCUGAUGCAGAAGUUCAUUUGCUCCUUCGAUCAAGUAAUCUUGGAAUUAUAUCUAAUUUAAGUAUAAGUUAGCUGUAGACAAUAGUUCUAUAACUUAGAUUGAAUAAAACACACACCCAAAUCUAUUAUUCUAUGUUAAUCUGGUGUAAGUUGCAUCUUGUGAUAUAUAUAUAAAGUAAAGAAAAUCCUUGGCUUGCAUGGGCGA